AUGGCAAGGUGUAUACCGUCUUCGUACAGGAUUAUCGAUCCAGAUACAAGGUUUAUCUUCACCGUCAAUGCACGACCAGGUGAUGAUGAUCAUAUUGAUAAAAUAAUGCUCAUCGACGACUCUUCUAGUGCCUUAAAAAAGAUCCAACCCAACGAAUAUAUCGAAUCCGUGUUGUAUGAUGACGGGCCUGAUUAUCGUUUUCUUCCAGUUGAAUUCACAACGAAUAACAACGGGUCUAUAGUCACUGCUAAGUUGUUUGACAUAGAGAAUGAUGAAAUCGCGAUCAAGAUUGCGAGUCUGGUAAUGGACGACUAUGAGGAGUGUCUUCGUUCCAACUGUGGCUUGUUAGAUGAGGAUCAGAUUAUGGAAGAAUCGGAUCAAGAAGAAGAAAGAGCGUUUUGUGUGAUUUGUCAAGGAAACUGUGGACAAGAUGAGAUGACGGCAACACUCGAAUGCAAUCAUUUUUUUCAUAUGGAUUGUAUCUACGAAUGGUUGUGGCAGAAAGAUAGAAAACAAAGGAUAUUUGAAUUUAAUAGCUUUUCGAAAGCGUUAAGUGAUUAUUUAGGUCCGUUUCGUGAUAAUGUUAGAUUAUUUUUAGACGAAUUUGGUGAGAAAAUUGAUGAUGAGAAAAGGAAUGUGUGGUCUACGCUUUUGUUAUGUGAAUCAAACGGCGUCGUUUUUCCUCUAUAUACUAUUGAAGAGCAUGUUAAUGAUCGCUCUGUUCUUCCGUUCUGCUUUCACUGUAAAUCCGUCGGAUGGGGGCAUCAUUUUGUGUCUAAAAGAAGAUACAGAUUUAUAAUCCCAUCAUAUGGUGAUAAAAAACCAUGGAAAGAUUAUGACCCGAAGAAAGAUUCCGAGCACAUCGAUACACAGAUGAUCUUACAUGGGUUGAUUCACUGCAAUGGCUUUGGUCAUCUAAUUUCUGUCAAUAAUUUAAAAUUACCAGGCUCAUCAAAUUCUCUCACAGAAACUCAUAUCAUGAAUCUAUGGGACAGUAUUUGCACUUCACUUAAAACUCGGAAAGUAUCUGUUGCUGAUGUUAAGUUAGAGAGAUCAAUGGAGUUAAGGUUAAUUAAUGGUGUUGCUUAUAAGAGUUCUUGGUUUGGGAAUUGGGGAUAUAAGUUUGGGAAUGGAAGUUUUGGUGUUACAGAGGAUAAAUACAGGGGAGCUGUGUUGUUUCUAGCGGAAUUAGAUCUCGAUAAGGUUAUUGAUGACUUUAAAAACACUCGCCGUGGAAGGAAAUUGGGAGAAAUGGUUAAUAAGUAUCGCGAACUAAGUGAAACCAGACUUACUUCCAUGAGUGAGCUGCUGCAGUUUUUGAUUGAGUUUAAGCUUAUUGGGAAAAUUGAGAGAAGAAGUUUAGUACAAGCAAGAAAGUUAUUUAAGUGUGAAGAUAGUCCAUUUGAUGAAGGGAGUCAAGAUCCAGAGUGUUUAAAAGAUUUUUUAAGCUCACUUAUGGAUGCAGAUUGUAAUUGGAGUGAAAGAAGGAUCGAACACUCGUUGGAAGUGAUUGUUAAGUUACUGAAACAGAAGAAUGGGGUGAUGUCGAUUUGUGAAUUAAGGGAGAGUCUUCGACCGUUUGUUGGUGAUAAGGGUUUGAUUGAUUUCGUGCUAAAUUCGAUCAAUGUGUUGCAUCUUGAGAAGUACAUUAUUCGUCGGGUGUUUAACUCGUUGACUGGGCUGGCCGAGUUUGAGAUUUCUGAUGUGGCGGUGGUUUCCAAGAAGACGAAAUCUGUUUCUUCGCUAUGGAGAUUGGAGCCGAGAUGGCCUAAGGAAAGGCUUGAAAGGACUGCUAAAGUGAUUGCAAAUAUUUUAAAAGAGCACAAGAAUUUCAACAAUGGAAGAAGUGGACCAAUGUCACGUAAAGAUUUGAGGAAUAUAGCUAGCAAGUAUGUUGGUGACACUGGUUUGAUCGAUUUCGUAUUGAAAUCGAUCAACAAUUUGGUGAUUGGAAACUAUAUAGUUACUCGCACCAAAAACCCCCAAACCCGAUUGAUGGAAUUCAAUAUCCGAGAUAAAAAAGGUGAAGAACUUGGUAUUGAAAAGGAGGUAGAUGUUUAUGGAGAUAUGUUGUUUCUGUAUACAAAUGUUCUACUCGGCUACCCCUUGUGGAAGUCGGUUAGUCAAGCGACUCAAAUCGUGUUAAACAGCAAGUAUUUUGUGAAAGAGUGGGAGUUGGGUGUAGGGAAUGGUCAGGUAAUGACACUAAGAUGCAGAGUUUUACCAAGUUUUGACGAGCUGGAAACAGAGUUGACUCAUCCAUUGCCACCUGGCGAGAUAGUACUAGUGGCAGCGGGGAUGACAAUUGGGAAAUUGAGGGAAGUAGCAGAAAGUGCACUAAGGGAUACAUAUUGCAUAAUGGAUAGAUUUGUAGUAUGGCAAAUAGGUGGGUUGAAAGGGAUAGAGGACGAGAUGGUGGUGUCGUACGUUGUUGAGCCAGGUGGGGAGGUUUGGGUCAGAGGGUUUGGGCUAGAUUUGGGUACGGCACUGAGGUAUGAAGGCGGGACUGCAGGGGAUGAGGAGAUGGAGGCAAGGGUGGAGUGUGUGUGUGGGGCUCGUGAUGAUGAUGGGGAGAGAAUGGUAGCUUGUGAUGAAUGCCAUGUUUGGAAGCACACCAAGUGCAGUGGCAUUAAGGAUCAUGAAACCGCACCUGAAAUAUUCAUUUGUAGUGAUUGUGAGGCUAAAGCCAAGAGUGAACUCUUGAGUCAAUAG